UUCCUCUCAGGCUGUGGCCACCUUCCCCCAGCUGUGGGUCUCUCCAGCAACACCAUGUCACUCUCAGGGCAGAACCCGGGGCUGUCCUGGCGGCUGUCUUCCCAGAGUGGGACACUGGGCGGAGCCAGGGGCGCGUCUGCUUCCAGGGUUGGAAGUGGCUACGGGGGAAGUGCCCUUGGUUUUGGAGGCAGCUAUGGGGGAGGCUUUCCCGCUGCUCCCAUGUUUGGUUCUAGCUGUGGCUUUGGUGGAGGCUCUGGAAGUUUCUUUGCAGAAGGACUGGGCACUGCUUAUGGGGGAGGCUUGGGAGGGGGGUUUGGAGGCCUGGAGACUGGAUUUGGAGGAAGCCUCCUCGGUGGCUGUCUAGGCAUUCUCUCUGGCAGUGGGGGAGGCCUUCUUUCUGGAUCAGAAAAGGAAACCAUGCAAAAUCUUAAUGAUAGAUUGGCUUCCUACCUGGACAAGGUUCGAGCUCUAGAAGAGGCUAAUACUGAGCUAGAAAAUAAAAUUCAAGAAUGGUACGAAGCACGAGGAUCGGGGACUGAAGACCCUGGGUCACAGAGUGACUACAGUCAAUAUUACCCACUGAUUGAAGACCUCAGGAAUAAGAUCAUUUUUGCCAGCACUGGAAAUGCCCAGCUCAUCCUGCAGAUCGACAAUGCAAGGCUGGCUGCCGAAGACUUCAGAAUCAAGUACGAGAACGAGCUGGCCCUGCGCCAGAGCGCGGAGGCCGACACCAACGGCCUGCGCAGGGUGCUGGACGAGCUGACGCUGGCCAGAGCCGACCUGGAGGCGCAGAUCGAGAACCGGGCGGAAGAGCUGGCCUACCUGAAGAAGAACCACGAAGAGGAGCUGCAAAGCAUCCGGUCUGACAGCCCCGGCCAGGUCAGGGUAGAGAUGGACGCUGCCCCAGGGGUGGACCUCACCCGGCUCCUCAACGACACGAGGGCACAGUAUGAAGCCAUCGCGGAGCAGAACCGUAAUGACGCAGAAGCCUGGUUCAUUGAAAAGAGCGGAGAGCUCAAGAAGGAGAUCAGCGCCAACACUGAGCUGCUUCAGUGCGGCAAGAGCGAGAUCACCGGUUUGAGACGCGCCUUUCAAAACGUGGAGAUCGAGCUGCAGUCGCAGCUCGCCAUGAAGAAAUCCCUGGAGGACUCUUUGGCCCAAACCGAGGGUGACUACUGCGGCCAGCUGUCCCAGAUGCAACAGCUUCUAGGCAGCCUGGAGGAGCAGCUGAUCCUGGUACGUGCGGACACCCAGCGCCGGAACGACGACCACCAGCGGCUGCUAAACGUCAAAGCCCGCCUGGAGCUGGAAAUUGAGACCUACCGCCACCUGCUGGAUGGCGAGACACAAGGUGAUGACUGGGAUGAAGCCGCACCCGCCACGGACUCCAAGCCUCAAGCGCAGUCCAUCGAUUCCUCUAGCGACGCCACCAACACCCCAAAAAUGAAGACAACUGUGCAGAUAGUGGUGGACGAAGAAGUGAUCUUACCCCAAGUUCAGGAACUUGAAGAAUUAAUGUGAAAUUUCACCAGAUCUGCCCCGUGAUUGCUCCCUUAGGAACAAGGAAUUUACAAGUGGAAAUUAUUCCUUUUAGAGUAAGACGCUGUGUUAGUUCAAUCUGUCUUUUUGUCUGUUUCAUUUUCUUUGGAUUCCUAUUCCCUGUGAUCCUCUUUGCCCUUCUGAAAUGAUAUUCCCGUAUGAAUCAUCAUGGCCAUGUUGGUUUUUCUAACAAACGAAAAUUGCCUUUUA